UCAAAACGUCACUUCAGUUCAGAGAAUUCCAUCGAUCUGAUCGCACACACUCUGUUCUUUCCUUCUGUGGCAAUCCUCGGCGCAGUGACUCUCCCCGUCCGCGAAAAAACAAAAGAUGGUCCUCUGGAACGUUCUGCGCUCGGCUGGCCGCCUCGGAACGGCCACCGGAUGUUCCCGCGCGGCCGGGAUUGGCCAGCUGCGUCGCAAGUACACCUACCGCAGUGGCGCCCUCAAGCCAAUGCCCCACCAGAUCCGGUUUGGCCUGCUGGGCAUCGUGGCCACCGUGAUUCCCGGCCUGCUGAUUGGGGCGCAAAUCAGUAAAAAUAUCGCCAACUUUCUGGAGGAGAACGACCUGUUUGUGCCCUCGGAUGACGACGACGAUGAUGAUUAAGCGCUGGGAGGAGAUUCUUUGCAGUCUGGAUAUUUUGCUUUUUUCUUCGUCUUCGUCGGCGGAUCGAUAUUUUUAGAUUUUGCUGAGGAUUAUUUACGGUGUAGAUCAAAAUAGGAAAUUUUUGUAGUAGGCUUCGAUUUGACCUUAUACGAUUACUUUCUCAGCAACACGUUCAGCACAAAACAACCCGGCGGUCACAAUCCCCAGGAAGAAAAAGACGAUGUUUGCGUAAAUUGUGCUCAAAUGUGUUAUUUAUUUCAUCUUGAUGUUUAUGUGUAUAUAUUAAUUUUCUUGUUACGUCCCCCGUUCGUACUUUGAUUAACCACUAGGCAUUUUCAAUAAUUCGGUUGCGAUAAACGAAACUAAAACAGAAAUAAUCACUUUUAAAAUCGACACUAGUUGCCAUUAUUGCAAAACAGAACUGCAGAAUUCGAAGGCUAUUCAGAAUUGUUUUCAAGCUAGGCUGUCCGAACUUUUUUUUUAAUUUUAUUUACAGUUAUCGAAAUAAUAGAAAGUUGAAAAUAUGUCCAAUUGGUGCACGACUUGAAAGCAACUGUCGAGUUACUCACACAUUUAGAGAAAAAAAGUUACCAAUUAUUACAAGACGUACUCUCGUAACAACAGCCUAACCGAAGUUCUAACACAGUAGUAAUAAAAUAAUAAUACAAAGAAGUGAACAAAAUAAAGUCAUGCUGUUAAAAACAAACAAAACCAA